GGGCGGCCGCGGGACGGAACCGGGGGUCGUCCUCCGUCCCCCCCCCCCCGCGCCCACCGAGCCCCGGGGGGAUGCGAGGGUGGGUGUGUGAGGGUGUUUCCACUCCAUUUCCGAACACCAAGUCUCGGCGGGAGCGGGGUAGGCCGCGCAGGGCCCCCCCACCCGCGGCUGCCCAUUCCACGGGGGGACGGAGCUUCACCGCUUUCCCUCCGGGCCCGUCGGUGAGAAACUGGGGAAACCGCCGUCGCCCAGCGCCUCAAGCAGGACCCGCAACUUCGCCCCCCUCCUCUCCCCACCAUCCCCCACUUCUUUGCCUGGCGUGACCUUGUCACGAAAAGUCCCGCGGGUGGGAUAAGCCCUGCCGCAAAACAAACAACCAACAAGAGAAUAAAUACGGCCUGGGCGGUCGCAGAGUUUGUGAAUGCGGAGUUGAGAGCUGAACGUUCAAGCAGGGUGCUGAGCCAGGAUGGGUUUCGCCGAAGACAAAGUGUACGAGUACAUUUUGAAAAACUUUAUGAAUUUCAAGAACAUCCGCGUGGCGUCACUGGCUGAUUCCCUGAGCUGCCUGACCGACGCUGACAGAGAUGAACUUCACUCCCGGGAGGAAACGCGGGGGAGCCAGGCGACAGCUUAUAGGUUUUACCAGCACCUGAAGUGCCGGCAGGGCUGGGUGCCCGAUCUCAUCAAUGCGCUGCGCCAGAACAACGCUGGGCACCUGGCUGACGAGCUGCAGGACGUAUAUGACUCCUGGCAAGCCCGUUCCCCGGCUCCCUCUGCUGCCUCCUUACCUCCUGCAGCCAGUGAUGCCCGUCCCGCCGUCUCCUCCAUCCGUGCUCAGACGCAAUCCCCGGGGCCGAACCCUUCUCCAGGCGCCCCGUUGGCUGAGCAGCCGCGCCGAGACCUGCCCGCCGGCAGCCGACCCCCUCUCCCACCCAGUGCCACCGCCACCGUGAGCACGGACCUGGAUGCCAGGGCCCCGGUGCAGGAAUCGCUCCCCAAAAACCUGGAGAAAGAAAGUCCUCAGGCACCUCCACCUCGGAGCGCAGAGAGUGACGGGCACGGCGGAGAGGGGCACCUCUCUCCCCCCAUCAAGGCCACGCAGACAGCAGUGGGGACCCCAGAGGCAGCCAGCGUUGCCGUGCCAUCGGCUGCCCCCCCCGAGCGGAGCCGGGACUGGCUGAGCCGCCAGCAGCACCCGGUGUGCGUAGACAACGGGUGUUUUGGGAACGCCAACCACCUGCACCGUGGCGCGCCAGGCUUGGGUCUGCGCAGGUCCCUUCCCCCGAGGGAUGCAGGCGUUGCUCGCGGCCCCGAGCAGCCCAGGAACGAGCCCGAAGAGGACUUCUACGUCUCCGCCGAGUCGCCCCUGAGGCCGGAGGAGGCUCCUCGCAGCGCGGAGCCGCAGCCCCCAGCCUCACUGCCCAAAAACCAAGGUGUGCCCCGCUCCAAGCACAGCGAACCCCCGGGCAGCUUUGUGGAUGUGCGCAGCCCCCUCCUCAUACAGCAGCAGUUUGAUGUGGAGCAGAAGCGGGUCAGGACGCUGCGAGAGGACGGAGGAGAUGGAGACACUCGGGUGGAAACAACCACCCCAGUUGCUACCCUCGUGCCUGGAGAUGGUCCCCCAUCCUGCGACAUCUCCACGAAGCCUCCUGUACAAGAGCAAGAACUGCCCAUGGGGGAGAUGGCCAGCAGCACCCCCUCCAUGCCAACGAAAAAGAAAGUACUCCUGGCCUCGGCGAACUCUCUCCCAGCUGCUGCAGGAAGCUCUGAAGGCACGUCCUCUAGGAGGACAGCAUCCCGGGUGAGCUCUGCCACCAGCAUCUGGGUGGCUUGCAGCAGCGUGGAGAGGGAUGUGGAGCUCAGCAAGCCGGGUGCCCUCCUCUCCACAGCUGAGGAGAGCCCAGAGGUGGCUGGUUCUGAGGCAUCCGGUAGCCUCACCUUCAGCAGCGACCCACUCAUGGUGAGCACGGAUAGCUCAAGCUCAGGAGAAGCGCUCUCCAGAGUCUCCUCGGGAUUCCUGGCUCCAGCAGCUCAUACUGACCCCAGGGAAGAGGAAGCAGCUGGAGCAAGCAGAGACUCCAGUCCACCGCCGAACUGGAUCAGCACCUCCCUGGGCACCCACGAGGUCCGCGUGGACCAUCACACCAGCACCCAGCUCGAGGCAGGCAACGAUUUCCAAGAUGGAGCUGGUCCCUUUGGAAAUGCUCCAGUUUUUCACUCGAGCGGGGCCGGUGGCACUGUGACCAGCUCGUCUCAGGCCAAAGCAACAUCAGGGGACAGCAACGGACUGUCCCUGCCAUACAUCAUUCCAGCUGUGGGCAUCGCUGUGAUUUCGGCUGUGGCGUUUCUGGUGUACACUCGCCUGCAGAAAUAGCGCUGGAGUGGAUGGGAUGCCACCACCAUCACUCAGCCUGGCCGAUUCCUCUUCCUGGCAGGAAUUUGGCCGACACGUUUGAAGCCUGAAGAGCAGUGGCGGGGAUGGUAGGGGCAUUGUUAAAUCUCUUUCUGGAAAGUUUUGCUGGAAGAGGCCUUGGUUGCGUGAUGCUGUUGGGUUGGGGUCUGUUCCCCCCAUCUCCCAACCAUCUUGUCUGUAGCCUUCUCCUUUUACACCCAUAGAAAGGGGCUUGCUCAGGGAGCGAUCCCUUGAGUUGAAAAAGAAAGUCCUCAUGGUGAUUCUCCAUGUUUUCCUUGUUUGGUCCCGUGGAAACGUGUCCUGGAGGUCCAAAGGGUGACCCCCCCCCAGUCCCUCAGGCAGUGCAGCGAGGAGAGGUUUUGCAGACAUCUUGUAAAAGUGGAGCUGAUUUUGUUGGCUCUGCUCAUCUCGGCUUGAAAACGUGCCCAAGGGUCUGUGCAUCAGCCUUCACCAGGCGCCUCAUGUUGAAUUUGCCUUAUUUGGUGUCUCUGCCCCUGCUGUAGCUUGACCUUUGCUCAUCUCUGCCUCUCCUUUCCCCCCGGUGCUGGGUGCGCGGGCAGGACCCCGGUACAUCCUGCUGCCAUCUGCUCAUCCCUGACGAGAGACGUCCCUGUGAUGAGAAGGCACCAGGCCAGACCGAGUGCAAGCUGUCCCCUCUCCUGGGAGCCAUCGUCCUGCCUCGCUGCUUUGCUUUGGAAUGUCCUCCCCUCCUCCUGAGGGUCGGGGAUGGGCUCUGGGAUCGCUUCAUGCAGCACCCUGGGGAUGAAGCUGAGGGUCAGAUAAAAAGCUGCAUCUCACCAGCUUUCUCAGUCAAGCUCAUUUCAUCCCCCUCCAGCCAGGGAAAGUGGGAUUCUGCUUUAGGAGGAACAUUUUGCACAGUAUCAGCAUUAAGUGGACUUGGUCCCACACAAGAUUGUUGGGCGUCUGAUUUCUAAUUGUAUUUUUAGAGCCUGGCUAGGAGGGUGGAUGUAGUUCUUGCCUUUCCCGAUACCUGGUGCUAUGGGAUAGGAGUACAGGGGGACACAAAAUAGGAUUGACUCUGCGCGCUGCAGGGAGGCCAUACCCAGUGUAUGAGCUAUUCUAGUUUAUCUUGAAGGUAUUGUUUAAAAUUGCAGUCUAAUUUCCCUGAUAUUCCCCAGGAUCAUCUUGGAGUGCGAGGGGAUCGGGCUGCAAGAUUUCUAAGAUCCUCUAAACCCCAAAAUCCUCAAACCCAAAUAAAUAUCCCCACCUUCCCCCUGCCCAGGGCAGCUUUCAGGGGCAGAAGCAGCCCCGCUCAGUUGCUGUUGGCACGCAUUUCCAGCUCUAGGCAGAGUUUAGAGAUCACCAGCCGUGCUGCCCGCUUCUGUGGCUGCAGCUGCAGGUUGUUCUCCAUCUCAUCUCCUCCCAAAAGCGCAGGGGCACAAAAGCAACAAAACUACUUUUUUUGUAGUUAGAGGGUUAUGGUAGCUAGCGGAUUUCUUUUUUAUUUGUAAGCUCUAAAGACACCAGUGUAGACUUUCAGGUGUUUCAACCCUCUUGUGGUUUGCUGGGGGGCAGCAGGAGAGCUGGGUCUGGAGGCAGGACUGGGCAAAACAUUUGGCAAUCUGGUGGUGGAUUUGCACAGCAGAAGGCUCGUGCUGUGGGCUGGCACAGUUUGAAUCCGGCGAGCCCGCAAGGAUGCCACGGGCUUUAAACCGUUGGCCGGGCUGCGCUCCUAAUCCAGGCUGUUGCUUCUUCCCUGCUUCGCUGUGUCCAGUAAUUUAUUCCUCCUGGAUUCCUGCCAUUCGGCACAGCCUCCCGAAAUACAGCCUUCCUGCUGGCGGGGGAGCAGGAGGAAGAUGAGCUCCCCGACGCCUGGCUGCAAAGUGCAGCCGUCAUGCCCGGAGCUUGGCCUGCGGUGGGAAGGGUCCGUCAGCCCCGGGUCGGCGUGAAUGGCUGCUCCUCCCUCCUAACGCUUUGCCCCAAAAUGCAAGAAAUGCCUCCCUUAAACAUGAAGGACAAUAAAGGUAUGCGAUAGGGAGGUGUUGGUUUUGAUCUGACAGCGCUGCUCUCCAGGUGAACUUGAGAUGUUUGUUGUGCCCGGCGCUUUAUCCGUCAGAGGAAGGGACAGUGCUUUUAAAUACACUUGUCCUCCUCUGCUGGGAGAGGGAACAUAGAGACUGUUCUCCCCAUUUAAAGACAAUGUGGUGACUUGUCCAAAACCUCCCUGCAAGCAGGGAGAAGAACCCAGGAUCCCCCCAUCAGCAGUCUCCCUAAGCUGUUUUUUAACUCAGCUUUUGUAAUUUUGUCAGCGAGGGUUUUGUAGAGACCUGCCACCUCCGUGUGAUAGCUGCAGUUUUCAGCACCAAGAAUUUCUCUUUAUUUGCAAGUGGGUAAGGAAAUCUUCCCAAAUCCUUUCACCUUGUUAAAAAAGCUUGUUUACGACUGAAUAUUGCACCCCAAUAAAGCAGAAUAUGGAUCAUGAAGCGGAGUACGCGCGCCUGCGUAACCACGCUGCAGAAUCCAUCACAAAAUUUGUUAACGAGAGGGGGCGCGUGCCUUCUCCACACGCCUUCUGCGUGAUUCAGAGGUCGUCCCUGAGAUCCCAAACCAGCAGCAUCCAUACCAAGGCCCUCUUCUCUGAUGCUUUACUUGCCUGCAAAAUUCUUCGCUUAUUUUCCCACUAGUUUUUAGCAAUGGCUUGGACGCUUUGCCGUUUCACAUCGAAUCACUCUUGUGAAACAGCUGAUUUAUCGCCGCUUCAGACUCGAUAAAAGCACACGUUCAGUUUUCUGCUGUGAAGUGCCAGUGUUUUCACAGUUGUAAUGUAGCACUUUAAAAGUGUAAUCAGCAGGUGAACCUGCAGGAGGGAACUGUAUCUCUGCACAUCUUUAAAAAAAAAAAAAGAAAAAAAGCCUUUACUAACUGUAUAAUAAAAUUUUUUGCCACUUCACACUCAA